GGCGUGUGGAGUGUAGACGCACGGCACUGUCCCGGCUCCCCAGGGCUGCCUCACCCCAGACCCCGGCUGCGGUGGUGGUUGGCGCAGCAGUGGGUGCCGCCGCUUCUCCCUCCGGGUCUCUAAGUCCCGCCAUGCUCCGGCCGCGGCGCCCCGGAGCUGCGCUCUCGUAAAGCACGAAGGGGGGAAGGAGGGCGGGGGAGGUGGCACCCGGAGGGGCUGAAGAUGAAGGUGCCCGCGCAUGGGCCGCCGCUGACUGCCCACCCCUCCCGAGCUCGCGCCCGGCGCGGAGCCCGCGGCCGCGGAGGACCCGCCUCCUCCGCAGUAGCAGCCGGAGCCGCGACGCAGGCGGCGGCGGCGGCGCAGGCGGCGGCGCCCCUCGCGCCAGCGCGCACGGCCGCCACCCGGGGGUCGCCGCGGCCCCUGCUGCCAUGAGUUGUGCGGAGGUGAUGUAUCACCCCCAGCCGUAUGGAGCGCCCCAGUAUCUGCCCAACCCUGUGGCAGCUGCAACCUGCCCCACAGCCUACUAUCAUCCGGCUCCACAACCUGGCCAGCAGAAGAAGUUAGCGGUAUACAGCAAGAUGCAGGACUCUCUGGAAAUCACCCUUCCCAGCAAACAAGAGGAGGAGGAGGAGGAGGAUGAGGAGGAGGAGGAGGAGGAGAAAGACCAGCCUGCCGAGAUGGAGUACCUUAACUCUCGCUGUGUCCUUUUCACUUAUUUCCAGGGAGACAUUGGGUCAGUAGUGGAUGAACACUUCUCAAGAGCUUUGGGCCAAGCCAGCACCUUCCACCCAGAAUCUGCCAUUUCAAAAAGCAAGAUGGGGCUAACCCCCCUAUGGCGAGACAGCUCAGCUCUCUCAAGCCAGCGGAGUAGUUUCCCAACUUCCUUUUGGACCAGCUCUUACCAGCCCCCUCCUGCACCCUGUUUGGGGGGAGUUCAUCCUGACUUCCAGGUCACCGCACCCCCUGGCACCUUUACUGCCGCUGACCCCAGCCCCUGGCCAGGCCACAGCCUUCAUCAGACUGGCCCAGCCCCUCCCCCUCCCACGUCUGAGUCCUGGCACUAUCCCUUGGCAUCUCAGGUGAGCCCGUCUUACAGCCACAUGCAUGACGUUUACAUGCGGCAUCACCCGCAUGCUCACAUGCACCACCGCCGCCACCACCAUCACCACCACCACCACCAUCACCCUGCUGCUGGCUCUGCCCUGGAUCCAUCAUAUGGGCCCCUGCUAAUGCCAUCAGUGCGCGCCGCCAGGAUUCCUGCUCCCCAGUGUGACAUCACAAAGACAGAUGCGACCACAGUCACCACUGCUACCUCAGCGUGGGCCGGAGCCUUUCAUGGAACAGUGGACAUUGUACCAAGUGUGGGCUUUGACACAGGUCUACAGCAUCAAGACAAGAACAAGGAAUCAUCAUGGUACUAAACCACAGUGUGAGAAGUCUAAAUUCAGAUUGCAAUCUGAAUCCAAGGCCCACUGGGAAAAGAUGCUUUUGGGAUUUUCCAUUCUGCAAUGAGACAUGAGAAAUGGAAAGAGAAGUGUCAGGCAGUUGACUUUGUUUGUGAUCCUUUUCUGGACAAAGCAGAGUGGGUCUGAGUCAUUGAAGAAAACUAUUUUUGUUUGUGUUAUUCUCUCAUCUGAGCCUUUGUCAACUGUGCAUCCCUUUCUUUUUUACUUUCUAGCUUUUAUCAGUACCAGGGUUCAUUUUUGUUUUAUUUUAAUCUUAUUUUAUUAUUUUUUUUAAUUUUUGAAGAAACCACAUUGUCAGGAAAUGAUGAACCACAAAUGAAAACACUCAUUCUUUCAGGAAUAUAAUUUUGUACAUGUAUGGUCAUCUAUUUUUAUAGUAAUACAGGAAGUUCGGUUUAGCAUUGAGGAGCUAUUUUCAAGGGAUGUAUUUUUGUUUUAAUAUUGUAAAAAUUGUUGAGUUCUGUUUAAAGAACUUGCUCUCAGAGAAGCACUGGCAAAACCAUUCAAAAUACUCAUCUUUAAAAUGUCUAUGAUAGGCUGAUGUCUAUGCUUUCUAGGUUACCUCAAGUGUUUGAGAUAUUAUCAAUUUUUUUUUUUUACCAAAGUAGCUAUACCAUAGAAAGCCAAUGCAGUAUUGUUUUUACAUUCAAUCUCAGAGAAAAUUAAAUUUCAUGCUAGCUCAUAGAGUUUUGAGUUAUAUGUAUAGAUUUGAAAGAGAGCUUGUGUUUUUAGGGUCACAGUAAGGCAAAGGUUUUUCAAUAUUUUCAUUUCUUCCAAAGAAUACUUAGAGGUUGAGUAAGGGAAAAACUUGCAAAAAACUUUGAAUCAUAUGGAAAGGUUACCUAAAGUAUCUUUCUAGUCCAUUCAACUUUGAUAGAACCUAAGAUUAUAUAUAACUACUGUAGUAGGAAUCAAAUUGUACUUCUCAGUACUGCCUGUGAGUGCCAGUGAUUUGUUUCUUCUUUUCUAAUUAUUCAUUCAUAGUGAUUUCAAAGUUAUAUUUCCAGUGAUUUUGUUGUUGUUGUUGUUCCUGGAGAGAGUUUGAAGGAAUAAUACAUGGAACUCUUUUAAACCCAAAGCUCUGGCUCUUUCAUAUAAUGUAACUCAUCAUUUUAACUGAAAAAUAAUAUAUUCUAUAGGUAUUGUUUUAAACAAAAUUGUGUAAAGCAUUUCUGGUUUAAAGGUAGUUCAACUUGCUUUAACCCACUUAAAAAUUAGGGUAAAAUAAAAUUUAUGUUUGGAUUUAAGUUUAUACUACCAUUAAUGAAAUGAGGCUAAAUUUGAAAAUGUCUUGUCUCUAGGGAUGGGCCAUAUAUAAAUGGUUGAGUAAUAUAGAUAAUUUUAUUUCUUCCUUCUUUCUUCAUUCAUAGGAAAUAGAACCAUAGCAAUGCACAUAAUGUAUCAAUGCCUACAAUUUUCACAACAUUGCAAGAUUAUUCAGAUAGAAUUCUUACAGAUGAAUUUAAAAUAUUUCCCUUGAUUAUAUUUUAUAUAGUAUUAUUUUCCUGGUACAUCCUGCAAGUUGUUGUAAACCUCUACACUCUCUUCUAUUCUUACCUCUAUUCUUAUCUUACUUUGUUUCCCCUUAACUACAUUCUCUUUAACACACUGUAUCUGCAUUUUUACCAGUCAGAAAGCCAAACUUAAGUAAUUAUCCUCACAAACCAUAUGACCUGAUAUUUCUAGGGAAUCAGUUACUUAAAUUCUGCACAUUUUGAUGCAUAUUUUGAUUGGCUACAAUUCGUCUGCUUGUAAUUUCCCCCAAAUAUGUAGAGCACAGAGAUGGAUGAAUCUGUACAAUUUAUUUUGUCUUGAGUUCUCCUGAUCUUCAGUAGUUGUUAUGGGUGACUCAACUGGAGAUUACUUGCCUCUACUUCUGUUGGAAUCCAUUGGCUUUUCUUUCUGUGUCUUUAGAACUGUUUCUUGCUUGAACAGAUAUCAUUCAAUUGGUUUUUCCCAAUGAAAAAAAGAGAGGAAAUAUAAAAUCUUUGCUUCUUUCCUUAUACACCACUAAAUUGAAUUGAAAUUGAAACACUCAGGAAAAUUAGAUGGCUUCACCCAGAAUUUAGACUUUUUUUUUACACUAUGUAGACAAAAUAUUUCUUGGCUCUGGAGGCCAAAAGUGAAUUGUAUGUAAGCAUAAUAAUCUCAAUAGUAUCAAUCCUCUUGCUCUGGUUUUCUAACAUAAAAACUAUGAUGUUGGAACUAGAAGAUUCCCAACUGCUUUUUUUGAAUGCUAUCAUCUGCCUCUUUGUUAUGUGUUGAUUGGCAAUUCUGGGAGACAAAUCCAGGCUCUUUGCAUGCCAAUCCAGGGCUCUACCUAAUUGAGCCACAUCCUCAGACAUAGCACCCACGUCUCCAUCUUAUGUAGAACCACUGUAACUUACACUACCUUUAAAAUGAACUUUAUUCAUGCUAACUAAAAGAUCUCUGAACUAGAUGCUAGAAAAAUCUCAUUUACCCAAAAUCUGUAUUGUGCUUUCACCUUAAUUCGUCAGGAGAAGGAACAUAGUAAUGUUGGCAAAUUAGGAUCAUAGUAGCAUCUGUGAUCCUUCAUUCGUAAAUUGAAAAGAACUUACAACUUUUUUGAAACCAGCAUAUUUUCUUAUAAAGGUUAGCUAGCCUUUCUUAACUUUCUUCUCUAAUCUUUCUUUUAUCCCAAUGUUAUAUCAUGUAAAAGUAAAAUGGCCCCCAUUAUUCUAAAGUAUGCAAAAUGAGGACCAGUUGAAGGAUUCAUUUAUUUUAAUAGUAUUAAAAUGUCAUAUUAUACCAAUAGUAUUUUACCAUUUCUUUUGACUGCUUGCAUAAUGUGAGAGAAAAACUAGUGUUUGAAUUUACUAACUUAAUGUUUCAUUUGGAAUUUAAAAUGACAGUCAGAAACUAUGUUUUAAGAAAUUACAUUUUAUCCCUUACUGAGUGUAUAACUGUUACAUAGUAGGAACAGUGACAUAACGUGGUGAAGAAAGAACAAAUAUUAGAGUUUAAAGCAGGGAAUGAUCAAGGAAGCAGAAAGAAUUAAUGGAAAGGUGCUUGAUCAUUGGACAAGUCUGAGUUUUAACUUAAGUCACACGUUAAUAUCAUUUGUUUUACUUCAUUCUUUAUCCUAUGAAAAAAAAUGUGAUAAUACUAGCAAACAGGCAGACUGAGAAAAUUGUAAAUUAUAUGGAAUACUUGACUCAGAUGCUCAGUAAAUAUAAUUGUCCAUCAAAUAAGUAGGUCCUUAAAUGGAGUUGCUAAAUGUCCCCUCUUCACUUUGCACUUGCCUUUCUGCCACAGCCUAGUAUAUGAAUGAAUGCAUUUCUCUAAGACAUGAUUGCACAAGAUUUCUUUUCUACUUCAACUGUAGAGUAUAAAUUUUUCAGUUAACUGACAUUUUGUGUGCCAACUCUGAAGGAAAAUUAGUUUGUCAGUGGCAUGUAGGCUCAAGAGUUUUUUUUUUUUAAAACAUAACAUUUUAAUCAUCCCAAACCCUUAUUAUUUCUGCCUCCAAAAUUGAGAAAGCAAUGCUAUCGCAUUACCAAAGUGUAUAUACUUCUUAGUUACAUUUUGGUCUUCCUUCCUUGGCAUCUGAAAUAAGAAUAUUUCAUUUGAAGCUACAUCCCCCCUUACCCUCUGCUGUUUUCUUUACUUGCCUUGGAGAAAAAGUUGCAAAAUAUGGUGGGAAAAAGUGUUUUCUGUACAAAAGGAGGGGUUGUGGAAGUGCACCCUUUCCCACCUCAGUCAGCAGAUUUAUUCAUCUUGAGGGGAAAAAAAUGAAACAACUUUAUUGGAAGCACAUGUUGACACUGUCAAUUAUUGAAGAUUGAAGGAGAUCACUGAAUCAUUGAAGUUACAAAGGGGUACCAGUGGCAGUUAGAAUUCCUGUGAAGAAUCAGCUUCACAAGCUGACAAAAGACAGUACACAAUUUAUGAGACAAAAUGGAAAUCAGUCUGUUAAAUGUAAAGUAUAGGACACUAAUGACAAGUUUUCUUUUUUCUUCCUUGAUGAUUAACAAGAUAUAUCUUUCAGAUAUGGUAAGUUUUUUUCCGAGAGAGAAACAACAGCGUAUUUUAUAAAACAAAAACAAAAACAAAAACAAAAAAACAGUUAAAAGAUGGAGGGAACCCUUUAUAGACAUUAUUACAGAACUAUAAUGAUUGCUAAAAUGGUUUAAAAAUUAAAUCUUCCAGUCCAAAAUAUAUAUGUUGCAAAAUGAAACAUGAACUAUAAAUGUUAUUGUUCUGGUGGUAGGGACAGGAAACUGUCAGUUUCAAUACCUUCAAAAUUUAUGUCACCUUGAUAACUGGGUGAUGAUGAUUUGUCACAGAACAGAUUUCUAGAAUUUCACUGUUAUUUUUUUUUCCAGUGCUUUCUGGGAAAUUCAGAACUAAGAGAAAGUUAUGAUUGUGAAAACAUCCUAGUUAUAUUUACAUUUUUUAUCUUUUUCAGAAAUCUUUGUUUAUGAUUUCAGAUAAUCAAAGUAAUGUUCUCUCAAAAUUCCAAUCAGCUUGACUUGAUCCAAUAAAUUUAUCGAAAUGUCCUUUUCUCAAUUCCAGGAAAUUCCAAUAGAUUUAAACACAGUGAUUUACCAGUUUAAUUAAGUUAACUGACUUUGACAAUGUCUGCUAAAUUGUGGACUCCUAACUUUGAUUAAAAGAAUAUUCUUUCACAGGGCUGGAAGUAUGGCCCUGAAGUAGCCAAAGGCUAUGAGUUCAAGUUUCAGUAGUGACCAACAAAACAGAAUAAUUCUUCUAGAAUACAAGAUUCUUCAUCAGAAUUUUUUGGAUAUUUUAAGAUUUGAACUUUCAAAUGAUAUGUCUUGAGAUGUACAUUUUUUCUACAUGAUGACUAGAGCAAAAAUGAAUGAUUAUUUACACACUUGAUUUUAUUAAGAUAUUUACUUUGUUGUACAUCAUGAUUUGCAAAUAUUCCAUAUUCCAUACAUUUUGAGAGAUUCACAAUAUAGGGAAAUUUUUCAUAUGAUUUAUUUACAACAUUUUAAAGUGCAUAUACUUAAAGAUGAAAUAUGGUUUUAAUCUAUUUUCAUCAUAUAAACCUAGGUAAGGUGAAAUUCUUCAUAAAAAAUAUAUAAUAUGCUAAACUAUAUUUUUCACUUCUAUUAGGUAAACUGAAAGCUAAUAAUAAAACUACCUUACACCAUUGAAAAAUGAAAUGACAGAUUUGUUAAUUCUAUGAGGAGUUGUACUUUAAUUUUACAUUUGAGAAAGAGAAAUUAAUCUUAGUUAUGAUAUUCUUAAACAAAAGUAUAUAUGAUUCAUAAAACUUUUGGCUUUGUAUUAUAAAAUCGUAUUUUUUGUGUUCUUGUUGGGUUGGGAAAUAGACAUUUUAAAUUCUAUUCACUCUUCAAAUGCGAGACACAUAAUUGUGUCAAUGAUAUAAAAUGAUGAAAGACUUUGUAAUAAAAACAUGUCAUUACCUUCAAUUUGUUCAAUAAAUAAUUUAAUGUGAAUUUGAUGUUUA